CCCUCGUCUAAUUUGGCUUUUCGACCUUUUAUAUCUUUCAACCUUUCCUUGGUCUAUCAAAGCGAUUCGGCAUUGAUCAUUUUCAUCUUGCAAGGCGUUCCGGACCAUCCAUGAAAUGGCUCAUGGUGUAUAGAUUGCUCUUGUCAAGCGUGGCCGCGAAGCUUUCCGCUGCGGUCGUUGCAGACUCGAGCCUGUUUUCGAGCGCGAUACCUUUUGGAAAAGUCGUUCUCGUUCUUUUCCUUCUCAUCUUUGCAUUUUCUUUUCUUCUUCUUUUUCUUUUCUUUUCUGUAUUUGAUUUCUUUUUCCUUUCUCACGUUGAUGGAAACUGGGGGGACAGGUCGCUGUGCAUUCAAUUCGGAAUCAUGGCAACAGGGAUGGUAACUUUUGAUGGCUAGCAUGGGUUUUAUUGGGCUCCUCACGAAAGGGCAUGGGUGAAUGCAUUCAUGUUCAUGCUGGGUUCUGGAAGGGUUCGAAGAGGAUGUGUUCCUUCCGAGUCAUUCUUACGAACCAAUGCUAGGAGGUUAACGACA